AUGCAACCAGAUUCAGAUGACGAGCGUCCUGUCUCGACGCCGAAGAGACAGAGAACGGUAAACCUCAAUGGCGCCACGAAUGGACACGCGAAUGACGAGGAUGCGGUCGAGUCGACGCCGGUGAAACGGAUGAAAUCCACGCCCCAGAAAUCGACCCCCAAGAAAGCGACGACGUCGACGCCGGCGACGUUGAAGGAAUCCGGACUCAAGACACCCACGCACAAGUCUAAGGCAAAGGCUCUCUUUUCGACUCCUACGAAGGAGAAGGCUGCCCCGACGCCGUCGAGAGUCAAGAAUGCCGACCGAUCUGCGAAAAAGAAAAGCGCGCGUCUGCUCCUCGAGCAGGACGAGGAAGACAUUUGGGACGGGGGAGACCGUUUAGCGGAGGAGAUCCUAGAAGAGGAGAAUGACGCGCGGGAGACACCUGGUGAAGGGGGCAGAGAUGUGGUUGACUCGGUCGAGGCCGACGCAGAAGCCCCGAAUGGCAAGAAGACGGCGGCGACACCGAAGCGCCGAGCAGGUCGACCGAAAGGCGCAAAGAACAAGCGGUCUCCUACGCCGGAGGGAGAGCUGCCUGCUCACGAGCGCUACUUUUUCCAGAAUCGCGCUGGUCCCCCGCGGACGUCCAAUAACAAUUUCAACAAAGUGCCGCUGCUGACACAUGAGGAAUACUUCGAGAAGCUGUCGCAUUAUGUGGACCCUUUCAAGAAGGAGAAGUCUUUCUUGUUCGACCUGCAUUGCCGGUCUUUUCCGCAAUGGAACUUCGAGUUCGACCAGGGCUUCAAUAUCUGUUUGUAUGGAUACGGCUGCAAGCGCGAGCUGGUGCAGGGGUUCGCCGAUUGGGUUCACCACAAAUACAGCGACGAUCCGCCCUCAAUUGUCAUCGUCAACGGUCACACGCCGAACAUCUCCAUUCGAUCGAUAUUCGCUACGAUUGUGACGGCGGUUCUUGGGGCUGACAUCCCUUCCAAAAUGGGAUCUCAACCAGUGGAGGUUUUGGAACUACUGCAGUCCGUCCUGAAGUCGCAGCCCUCUCGCAAACCGAUUACGGUGCUCAUCAACUCCAUCGAUGCACCUUCCUUCCGACGAGCUGCCAACCAAGCCCUCCUUGCGCGAUUGGCCGUGACGCCGAAGAUCAACCUUCUAGUGACCGCCGACACCCCUAACUUUUUGUUGAUGUGGGAUAUCAGUCUGCGGGACCAGUUCAACUUCGUCUUCCACGACUGCACCACCUUUGCGUCCUUUGACGGCGAGUUCGACGUCGUGGAGGAGGUCCACGGUCUUCUAGGCCGCAAGGGCCGACGCAUCGGCGGCAAGGAAGGUGUCGAGUUCGUGCUAAAAAGUUUGCCGGAGAACGCACGCAACCUGUACCGCGUGCUCUUGACCGAGCUCCUGACCAUCAUGGACGACGGUCACCAAUCGGACGACGAGAUCGACGGCGGCCAUGACGAGGAACGACAAGGAGGAGGCCGCGAAGAGACCGGCAUUGACUUCCGCAUGCUUUACCAGAAGGCUUCGGAGGAAUUCAUCGCCUCGUCCGAGAUGAUGUUCCGGACUUUGCUGAAGGAAUUCCACGACCACCAGAUGAUUACGUCUCGGAUGGACACGAGCGGAAUGGAGCUUCUGGGGGUGCCUCUGUCGCGCGAAGAGAUGGAGGGCAUCCUAGAGGAUCUCGUGUUGGCGUGA